CAAAUUGGCAAUUGCUCGUGCGUUUUGUCCCCUUUUAUUGUGAUGGUGGUGUAACACAGUCAGUAGUUUAAAAAUGUGCACCAGAAGUGUUUGAUAAAGAAAAAAUAGGCGGUAUGUUUUCAUAACUCACAGCUGGAAUAUAAGCAUGAGCUGCAGACAUGACAGGAUACCCUGAAUUUUAAGCGUCUUUAUCAGGUCUUAGACUCAGAGUUACAGCCACAGCUCUAAGUGAAAUGACCUAAACUGACACCUCAGCUUAGUGAACCUUUCCUUCGUUUUCUCCCAGCAUGCAAUUCCCCCCUUUCUGUGUUUCACUUUCAUUUUUCAAUGAUUUCUGCUGAAGCUGCGUGCAGGAGACGAAGCGGUCCCGCCUCUGUUGUCACCAUGUUAGUGGCUCCUCUCCUGCUGGUGCUUUUCGUUCCCUUUUCUCCCUCAUCUGGAGCACAGUUACCAAAUCAAGCCAAGGCCAAAGACCUCCCUAUUGCCACCAAUGGUCAGCCCUUCCCCUGGGACCGCAUGAGACUUCCCACAACCGUCACUCCACUCCACUAUGACCUGGCCAUACACCCCAAUCUGACCACCCUGGACUUCACUGGCGUUGUUCGUAUUGAGCUUGAUGUGCAUGAAGACACCAACACUGUCAUUCUCCAUGCCAAGCAAUUGCAGAUAUCCGAUGUGUUCCUCUUGGCACCUGAAGGCAUUAAGCGCCUUAAGGUGUUGGAGUAUCCUCGCUUCCAUCAGCUAGCCUUGUUGUCAGACUCAGUGCUCAUCAAAGGUAGGAAGUAUGAAGUUCAUCUGGCAUUUGCUGCCAACCUGUCUGACAGUUUCCAUGGUUUCUACAAGGGAAGCUACCGCACCAGCAGCGGGGAGGUCAGAGUCCUGGCGUCCACGCAGUUUGAAGCGACUUUUGCUCGUGGAGCCUUCCCCUGUUUUGACGAACCCGCCUUCAAAGCCAACUUCACCAUACGAAUUAUUCGAGAGCCACGCCACAUAGCCAUAUCCAACAUGCCAAUGGUUAAAACUGUGGAGUUGCCGGGUGGUUUGCUUGAGGAUCACUUUGACACCACUGUGAAAAUGAGCACUUACCUGGUUGCCUACAUUGUGUCGGACUUCAAGUCUGUGAGCAAGACGACCCAGCAUGGUGUCAAGAUUUCAAUCUAUGCUGUCCCUGAGAAGAUCGACCAGACAGCCUUUGCACUGGAUGCUGCUGUCAAGCUGCUGGACUUCUAUGAUGACUAUUUUGACAUUCCUUACCCACUUCCCAAACAGGACCUGGCAGCUAUUCCUGACUUCCAGUCAGGUGCGAUGGAGAACUGGGGACUGACCACCUACAGAGAGACCGGCCUCCUCUUUGACCCUGAAAAGUCAUCAGCUUCAGACAAGCUGGGCAUCACCAAGGUCAUCGCCCAUGAACUUGCGCACCAGUGGUUUGGAAACCUGGUGACGAUGGAGUGGUGGAAUGACUUGUGGCUCAAUGAAGGUUUCGCCAAGUUCAUGGAGUUUGUUUCUCUCGACAUCACGUACCCAGAACUUCAUGUGGAUGAUUUCUUCCUGGCAAAAUGUUUUGAGGCUAUGGAAGUAGACUCCCUCAGCUCUUCCCACCCAGUCUCCACCCCUGUGGAAAAUCCCACACAGAUCCAGGAGAUGUUCGACGAUGUGUCAUAUGACAAGGGUGCAUGCAUUCUGAAUAUGUUGCGGGACUUCCUCACUCCUGAGGCUUUUGAGAUUGGCAUCGUCCGAUACCUGAAGCGCUACAGCUACCAAAACACUGUGAACAGCCACCUGUGGGAGAGCCUGACCAAUAUCUGCAGCUCAGAUGAUCUGGAUGAAGGUCGACUGAAACACACAGAAUUCUGCUCUAAACGCAAAACUCAGUCCGGAGCCUCGAAGUGGUACUCUGGUGAUGAGCUAGACGUCAGGGCCAUCAUGGACACCUGGACUCUGCAGGAAGGCUUCCCACUGGUCACGGUGGAGGUCAGAGGUCGGGAAGUCAGGCUCAGUCAGGAGCGUUACUUGAAGACAGACGACCCCUCCCCGAGUGAAGGAUUCCUGUGGCAGAUCCCGCUGACAUACAAGACCAGUGCCUCCAACACCGUCCACCGCUUUCUGCUUAAGACAAAGACUGAUGUCCUGUUCCUGCCAGAAGAGGUAGACUGGGUGAAGUUCAACGUGGACAUGAGUGGUUACUACAUGGUUCAUUAUGCAGGCGAGGGGUGGAACUCUAUUAUCAAGCUGUUGCAACACAGUCACACAGCCCUGAGCGGUAAUGACCGUGCCAACCUCAUCCACAAUGUCUUCCAGCUUGUCAGUAUAGAGAAGGUGAGGCUCGACACGGCUUUGGAGCUGUCGCUUUACCUGUCCAGAGAGACCAAGAUCAUGGCUGUGACUCAGGGCUUUGGAGAGCUUGUGCCGCUUUACAAACUGAUGGAAAAGAGAGACAUGAAGGUGCUGGAGAACCAGAUGAAGAGCUAUAUUGUAGAUUUGUUCCAGGAUUUGAUUGACCAGCAGGAAUGGAAUGACUCCGGCUCCGUGUCUCAGCGAGUGUUGAGAAGUUACCUGCUGCUGUUUUCCUGUGUCAGGAACUAUGCUCCCUGUGUGACCAAAGCCACCCAGCUCUUUAACCAGUGGAAGGACUCUGAUGGCACCAUGAGCCUUCCUGUUGAUAUCACCAUGGCAGUGUUUGUGAUUGGAGCUCGAACACCAGAGGGCUGGGAUUUCCUCUUUGAGAAGUACCGCCAUUCGCUGCAAAUGUCGGUCAAGAGCCGCAUGAAGACUGCCAUGGCUGUUAGCCCACUGCAGGACAAGCUCAAGUGGAUGAUGGAGCAGAGCCUCAUCGGUGAGAUAAUGAAGACUCAGGACCUCCCAGGCGUAGUCGUCUCUGUCAGCAAGAACCCUCAUGGCUACCAGCUGGCCUGGGACUUCCUCAGAGCCAACUGGCACACUAUGAUCAAGAAGUUUGACCUCGGCUCCAGCACUAUAUCAUACUUGGUAACUGGGGUAACUAACCAGUACUCUACUAGAGAGAUGCUAGAUGAGGUACGAAGCUUCUUCGGCUCCCUGACAGAGGAGACGGGCUCAGAGAUGAGGUGCAUCCAGCAGGCCUACGAGACCAUUGAGGAUAACAUCCGCUGGAUGGACAAAAAUCUUCCUCUUCUGCAGGCUUGGCUGGACAAGCGCAACCGACGAGUGUCUCAUGAGGAUUUAUAGCUUCAGGAAGGUUAAAAUAAUGAAUAGUGAAUAAUUACAAACAGAAACAAAUCUGUGUAAACGCAAACCACAAAAUAGAUGAAGUUGAUCACAAUGACGGUUGUUUUUCAGCUCAAGUUUGUCUAUAAUAGCAGUAAGUCCUGACUUAAAUUGGAUUUUUUUUGUGUCAAAAUCACUUUAAAUCUCUACCCAGUCCCACAAGUUUACAAAAAAAUGAGCUUGCUUUGGGAAAGAUUGUGGGUCAUUAUAAGUAUUAUUUAAUACCCUGAAACUGACUGACCGCACUAGUGAGUUUUUUAAUUACAAUUGUUUAAACUACAGCCUAAAAAAAUGUUAAACAGGUGCAUUUCAGAUCCAAACAAAACUAAUGAACCAUUCUAAGAACGUCCUAAAAGUCAGCUCGCUCUCAAGUCCAGCUGCAUUUAACCCUCUGUGCCCAGGUUUGCUUCAGUUUGCUUCAGCAUCUCUCCCUCCCUCCCUCCUUCUCCCUCAAUCUGCUGAUGUGUGUUUGUGUUUUCCUCUCAGUUUCCAGCACACCUGCUUUCCAAAAAGUUUCACAAUGAAGUUGAUUUUAAAGUUUAUAUGGGCUAAUGGGAGACUUUUUUUUGCAUGGAAACCAAUCAUACAGGAGUCCAACUAAAUCACAUGUGAGAUCUGUGGCCUAACUCUUAAAGUGAGCACAGACAGUAUGUGUAACCAUUCAUUCAACAGUGUAAGUGUGCCAGGGAAUGUUACACAAUGAUCAAACCGGUCAAUCCAUGCACAGGCAUGGUGCAAAACAACAUGUGAGCACACUAACAUAACAGUCCUCAGUAAGGGGAAAAGCAGCCUUAGCAUAUAACAUAAUUAUUAAAUGAACCUAUUUGUUGUUUGUAAUAGUCUCCUUUUUUCUGAAGAAAAGAUCUUGUUUUUUUCCACAGAGAUGUUUGUGUGUGCUGAGUAUGUCUUUGUGCAAGUGUGUAUGUUUAGCUGUGAAGUUUAAAUUCUGUUUUAGCUGGAUGAAGUCACAGUUGUUGUUUUUUAACAGUAAAUGUUGAAUUCUGCUUCAGUGCGAAGCAGCAUAAAGAUUAUACGAUGUGAUAUGAAUAGUGCAAAAGAAAUGCACUCAAUGUCUGACUUAAGUUUUUUCUUGAAAAAGAACCUAAAAAUGUGGGCAUGUCUGUGCAAAACCAAUGAAACAGACAAUGUAGUGCGCUGCGCUUAAUAUAUUUUUACAGUUUAUUGGUUGUCGUUAAAAGAUUAGAUUACACUUCUGUACGUUUAUAUUUUUCCACAGUUUGGGUAAAUUUUAAUACUGAGGAGCUAAACAUGGAUUCCAGCGGCGCUGGUGUGUGUUUUGGUACAGUUUAUUUAAAUGAGUAAGCUCGGCAAGACAAAAAGCACUGUAAGAAAAAAUGUUUUAUGUGUGUGUGUGUGUGUGUUUUGUUUUCUUUUUGGUUUAUUGAACAGAGUAGCAUAUUUCCAUUUUUAUGCUCCUGUUACUAAAACCGUUGUUGAAAAUGUAAAGAUGUGUGUUGGUUUGAUUAAACGUUGGACAAAUAAAGUUUUUCUUUUGAACUAUAA